UAUUUAAUAAGUAUUUAAUAAAUACUAGCGGACCCGACAGACGUUGUCCUGUCUACACGUUAAUUUGAAAAUUUUAUUCUUUUUUUAAUAAGCUAAAACAUUCUGGACCUUUUUGAUGAAAAUUAUUAUUCAAAUGUUAUGACAAUAUCUAACGUCAUUAAUAUUUGACACUGCGAUGGUAGCGCCGUCCGUCGGAUCCGAUGUAAAACAUUCCAAAAUCAACAACUACUAAUAAAUUAAAAAUUAAUUAAAAAAACAUUGUCCAGCGGACAAAAUUGUGAAUCUAAACCAUUCUCAGAUCCUCUUGAACACACACAAAAAAUUUCAUCAAAAUCCGUCUAGUUGUUUAAGAGGAGUUCAGUGACAUACACACGUACAGAAGAAUUAUAUAUAUAAAGAUUAUAUUUAUAGUAUAUCGAAUUUAGUAAAUAAAAUAACAAUAAAGAGCUUACGUUUUAUUUAUAAAAUUAAGCAUAAAUGCACAUACAUGUUACACACCAAAAUAAUCAAAAAAUAUUAAUCAAAAUCAUGUAAUGACUUUAUCAAAUUAUGAAGCUUGGAAAUAUUCAUCAAUAUUUUUUUGUUUAAGAUUUUCAAAUACUUAUCAAAGUCAUGUCGGAUUACAAGGGGCGCCGGAUUAGACAGGGGCCGGAUUAUCGGGGGUCCACUGUAUUUGUUACUGAUAUUACCGAUAUUAAUAAAUAAAAAAGUAGUAAGGUUGACUAGUAACGAGUUCCAUAAAUACACCUUACAAAAAAACUGGAUUCAAUACAGAAACGAUAGCCAUUGCUUGGCUACUAUGCCAACUAAAUGAUUUCAUAAGAUUUGGUAUCAUUAAACAUAUACGGCCUUACUUAUAAACGAUCACUAAAGUUAAGACACAGUUAAACUACGUAUUAAAAAAUAUUUUAACUCAUAAACGAUGAUUAACGCUAAUUAAUGUCUUAGCGACUGCUUAAAUAGCUGUCAACUUAAUCAGUGACGAACCCUUGUUUAAAGACCUUAAUUACCAAAAUGGCGUCCGAAAUUCGUAAAAGUCACAGCUGUGGUAUAUGUCAACAAUAACACUACAUGCAAACUUCGCAUUGAAUUGUGUUCUGUUUGCUGGGCUUUGUUCCGCUACUUAGGAAAGUGAAGUGGAUAAAUAUUAAAAAAUGGAUAUAUUUGACGACGAUAAUGAAUUACGCACAUACCGUGACGAGAUAGAAGAAAUAAGAAAUUUCAGGAAUAUUGGUUCAAGAAGGAGAGUAAAAAUAUAUAAUUCAAGAUCGAACCCAAUGGAGGAAUUGAGUGAAAGCGACUUCAAGCAUCGCUACAGAUUCAGUAAAGAAAAUAUGGUAAAAAUUAUAAAUAUCUUAAGAAACGACUUGUCCAUGGAUAGCCGGGGCGGCAGUAUACCUGUGGAGUUGCAAGUAAUGGCAGCUAUAAGAUACUGGGGCCGCCAUGAGAUUCAAGAAGACUGUGCGGAAAUUCAUGGCAUGAGCCAACAGACUUUAUCAAGAACUGCUAAAAGAGUUGCUAUUGCAUUGGCUUCGAAAAGUUCCAUUUAUAUUAAAAUGCCUUCAAAUUUAAGAGAAGAGACUGAAACUAUUCGGAAAUUUGAAGCAAUUUGUGGGUUUCCCCAUAUUACCGGUGCAAUAGAUUGCACCCAUAUUAAAAUAAGAAAAGUUGGAGGAGAUGUUGGUCAGUACUAUAUAAACCGUAAAGGACACUAUUCUAUAAAUACUCAAAUGGUGUGUAAUGCAGAUUUGAAGAUCUGUGAUAUAGUUUGCCACUGGAGGGGUAGUACUCAUGAUGCAAGAAUAUGGCGUGAGAGUUCCAUUAAAAGGAGAUUUGAAGAACGAGAAUUUAAAGGAAAACUUAUAGGCGAUGGUGGAUACCCUUGUACCCCAUAUUUACUGACUCCAGUACUGAGACCCCGCAACGAAGCAGAACGGCGGUACAACUAUAGCCACAUUCGCACCAGGAACGUAAUUGAGAGAUGUUUUGGUGUACUUAAGGCAAGGUUUCGGAUACUUUUGGAAAUAAUGAGAGGGUCUUUCAAUACGAUUAAAACGACAAUUGUUGCAUGUGCAGUAUUGCACAAUUUAGCAAUUGAAUUUGAUGACACUUUAAGUUAUGAAACCCCUUACACAGACAGUGAUGAAGACACUGAGGCCAUUGAACAGGAUUCUAAUAAUUUGACACACAUAACCAGAAACAUUUUUAUUGAGAAUUUCUUUUAAAAUACAAAUACAUAGGUUUAUUUAAA